AUAAAUUUACAGAACUACCAGGUUCCACCCGAUGGCGAUACUUCUCUUCGCAUCCUAGAAAAUUGUAUUGAGUGCAUUAUGGGAGUAGUAGUUUUGCACAUACAGAGUACGAGCAUCGCAGACACUAUUGGAUCCACGGCCAGUGUCCCCUGCUUGUUUGCGGCUGGUGGCAGGGACUGCCAGGUUGCUUGUACGGGGAAUCUUACGCUAAAAAAAUGACACUCGAGCCUUCGGAGAUCCGGACUGAUCGUCUUUUCUGCAGAAAAGGCAUCUCUAGCCCCUUCAGUUUCGAACAUUUAUACGUCAUAGGGUGCUAGUGGCUCUUGGCUAACUAGCUGGGGAAGUAGGUUUUGUAUAUGUUGACAAGGCUGGGGUUUAAUAAGAUUUUAUCAGAAGUUGUUGCCUCGUGAAUCGGCGAAGAAGGGGUCUCAGGACUUUGGUGUGAUUAUGGCUGGCAAAAGCGCUGGUAAACGGGGUACCGCCAGUGAUGCAAAUUUAAGCAAAUGUUUUGGCGCAAAGCAGGAAAUUGCCGGUGGUUCUAGGGAACGGGUUGGAGUAAUAGGAAGUGUUUAUGAACGCAUAGGCGGUGUGUUGUACCGUAAAAAGUGGGAAAACGGUUCUGUAAGUUAUAGAGAAGUGCCCGAGAAAGAUAAGAGACAGGAUGCCAUCGCAUCUUCCCACCAGCGGAGGAAUGGAAAGCAUCACUUCAACUUGGAAGAAACGUACGGAAAUGUGGAAGCAAGCUACUGGUGGGAAGAUAUAUAUGUGGAUGUCAAGAACUUUGUCAGCAAAUGUAAGGAGUGUAAGCAGAAGAAAAAGUUUACCACUUUGAAACAGAACCUUGUUUCAGGAAAACUGGAUUCCAAUGAGGCAGAUGUUUUAGCUAAGUUGAAUUGUCAACGUGCUUCUGGUACUUUUUGUGAUGUUUUAUUGCGUCUAGAUGGAGGAUCCUAUCCAGCCCAUAAAGCAGUUCUUGCAGCUGUCAGUGACUUUUUCCUGGAACGUUUCACUGAAAUGGGUCAAGGGUUGACAGAAAAGGUAGUUCUAGAUUUAAAAGGUUUCAGCAAAGAGAGCUUUAUUCCUCUGUUGGAUUGUGCAUAUACAUCUUUCCUUCAAUUUCCUGGAGAAAUUCGUGAUGAAGUUUGUGCUUUGGCUAAGCAUUUAAGGAUGUGGAAAGUUUUUAAAAUGUGCAAGGAGCUGCAGGCAAGUCACCUUUUGAGUGAGACCUUGGAGUAUGAUGAAACAUGCAGCAAAGAAGAAAAACAUUUGUUUUCCCUUUUAAACUCACCCUGGACAGGUUCUGACAGACAAAUUUCUUUUUAUAAUUUGGAUAAUAAGCAGAACAUUUUAGCAAGUAAAGGGGCAAGUUUUCCUAGUAAAAUAGACACCAGUUUUCAGUCAUGUCGAAUAAAGGAAAUGACUAGUAGUUUAAAAUCUUCACAAAAAUCUGAAUUUUUUCAGGACCAGGAUUUGUCCCAAACAACAGAUUGUGCUACUGUUGCCUUGUGCAGAGUAGAACUGAACAAUGAAAAUUAUGAGCCUGGCAGAUGUUAUAAAUUAUUUGAUGCAAUUCCAGGAUGUCAGAUAAGCUCUGAGGUGCCUUCAGUUAAAACCUUGUCCUCUUCAAAAGCCAUUAGUCACUUUGGUUUGAAAGUGAACAGUGGUUCCCCUCUAAAAUCUUCACCUGAGGAUACCUCGGCAAAGUGUAAGCAUCUACGAUUUCCACAUUUAUUGCAGUCAGCUCCAGACUGCAUUUCAGAAAAUGUUAGUGAAGAAGAUAUGGUUCGAGACUGCAAUUUUGUCAGAACACCUGUCAAGUCACCAAGUAGGCAGCCAUCUUAUGAGGAUGAAGUUCAUUCUCCUAACACAGCUGAAAAGUACAAACUGCUUGGUGUGCUUGGGCUAAGGCGUAAAGUUCCUGUUCCCAUCAGUAAUGAGGAACAGCUUGGAUGGAGACAAAAGAAAAGGCUGAGGAAACCAAAAAUUAGUAAUUACACCAUUUGCAGUGUAAAGAAAAAGAGAAAAAAUGAUGUUGGAGUUAUAGAUUCACAAGGUAUCAAACCAGAUAUAGUUCAAGAACAUAAUGUUGAUGUUAAAGGUAUCGCAUUAAAACAGACCCAGGAAGUUGAAGUCAAGGGACUUAGUCCCCUCAAAUCUACAAAAGCUGAAGUGCUCACUCAUGAAAAAGUGAAAAGGAUUGUGGGUGUGAUUAAAAAGAAAGGAAAUGGAUGGUCAAGAAGAAAAAGGAGAAGUAACCUACAAAGGUUACUGUCUCAGAGUGAUGUUCCCAAACUUUGUGACGUUAAACCAUUAAAAGAAGAGUGUUAUGUAGUAAGCAAUCAACUGACCACUUCUUGUCCCAGGAAAAAAAUUGCUCUUAAGAAAAAUACAGUGGACAAACAGAACCAAAAGAAUCAAAGUAUUAAAAUGACUUCAGAUCUUACUAAGUUCUCAGAGCAGAGUAAUUUGCCAAGAAAGCGCAAACCAGAAAGAAUUUUUGUUGCAAAAAGGAAUACCAACCCUACUGUUAAAAAUCAGACUAAGUGCUGUAAGCGACAAUCUGCAGACUUGGUGAAAUUGCACAGAAAGCAUUUAGGAAACCUUACUCCUAAAAGUGAAUUUAAGAAAACUGACAGAAGAACACUUCACAAAAAUAGAAAAGUAGAAAGAAAGCCUAAGUUGAUGCAUGGUAUCAAACUCCAAAGCAAAACCUGUAAGCCAGUUCAGAUGCAGAAGAGAGCAAAGGUGGGACACUGUCAACAAAAACUGUUUGGCACAGACAACAAAAGAGAGAGAGUGUCAUCUUGCAAAUUAAAUCUCAAGAAGCACUUCUCUGUGACUUCUUUACCUAGGAAAAGAAAAGGGCAAUUUACUCAAAAGUUAUUGGAUAAUGGUAUUCCUUUUGGCUUCACUGGAAAAACGGUUAGAGUUCAGAAUGCAUGUGCCACUAAAGUGUGUACGGCAAAUUCACAAGUUCGUACAAAACCACUUGAAUGUAAAAAGAAAAUUUUGACAAAAUUUCCUGCACCGUCUACUAAAGCAAAAGCAUUGCAUGUUUCUAGUAGUCAGGGAAUUAGUCAAAGCAGAAGAAAAAGAAAAACAUUUGCUACGGCUAAAGUUUCAGAAGAUGCCACUAAAUCAAACGUUUCUAAAGCAAAGUUGGUAAAAACAGUGCUAUUGUAUGGUAAAAAACUGUUAAACCUAAAGAACAAAGAUUCAUUAAUAAAAAAGAGAAAAAAAACAUGCACUGCAGACAUGCAGGAAAAAACAGUUCCACUGUCUACCUCAAGGAAGCCUGUUAGACUUCUUGAAUAUGUCGGCACUUGUUCCAGAGAUGGUGUUUCUUCAAAACCACCAAAGACUUUCCAAGAGGUGUCAAGGAGUUUGAAGAAAAAACAAAGUGAAAUCUUAAAAUCACUUCAGAAAAAUACUAGGAGUGGGUUAAAAACUAGGCCAGUAAAAGAAAAACCUUCACGUACACCAGCCCAUUGCUGCCCAGCAUGUAAUGACGUAUUUGCAAACUGUGAUGCUUUGAUUUUUCACAGAUCAAAACACUUUGAAGGAAAAACAUGGCCUUGUCCUGUGUGCAGAAAGUCAUUCUAUAGGCAGAGAAAUGUAAAGAUUCAUCUUCGAUCACAUGAGCAGAAUCUCUUCAGAUGUAAAACCUGCAAAAAGGAUUAAUGUCAUUAUAACUUUUGUUCUCUGAAGUAAAAUUCUGAAUGCAGAGGAAGACAAUGCAAUAACUGAUUCGAAGAAACUAUUCUGCGUUCUGUGACCUGAAAUGCAUCUAAUUUAUAUUUAUUUGAAGUACUGCAACUAGAACAUUAAAAACUGAAUUUGACUAUAGAAAACCCAAAGGAUGGUCUCAGAGUUUUGUGAAUUUUGAACAGCAUAUUUAGCUUUUAUUCAAGUAUACAGAAGUGAACACUUGGAAAAACUUCCUUGCCCAUCACAGUGCUUCUUUUCUCAACUUAGAAAGGAAAAAAGAUAAUAAUGUGCUCCCUACCACAUUAUUUUUCUGAUUAUCUCUACAUGCAGAGCACUUCACCUAGAGCUCCAGAUAAAAUAUGUUUCUCCUGAAAACUUGGCUAUUCAUUUAGAAGUGGAGUGUAGGUAUAGUUCUUAAGCAUUAUUCAUAUACUUGACAGAACUCACCAAAAGCUUUCGGGGAAAUUAAGUCAAGUUAACUGAACAGUGCUGGAGGUUUGUAAAUCUGAUUCUUUUGUGAUGAUAACAUAUUGCUUGGUCUUGUCUCAAAAGCCUUCUGCAGUGGGUAAUCAUUAGGUUUUUUCUUUGGUAUACCCAGUUUGGUAGAUUUUUGAAACCUGUAGGAGGGGUGUUGCACCUCUGGCCAACAACAAUGUAUUGCUGUCCUUGUUUUGGAGUUUUUCUUCCAGGCCUCCACUGAAAAUGGACAUUUCAGUUCCCAGGCAGACUUUCCCAGUAAACAAAAGCAAGUAAGUAAAUAAACAAUAAUACACUCUAGAUUAGUAGGAAGGACUGCUCAGCCUCUGUGCAUUUGCUUUUUCUUAUUCCUGCUUGCAUAGUUCAGAUCUUAGUCUUCAUUAUCAAUUACAUAACUGGAAAGCUACCACAUUCAGUAUCUAAGAAGCAUAGGCCAUUGAAAUGAUAAUUUGAUCACCAAAUCAUUAGCAGUGGCCCAUAUAGGCACUCACUGUUGUCCCAGGAAGAGAAUCACUUGUAAAUUGUUGUAAUUGCCAGAAAAGAAGGAAGAGUGAGAAGCCAGACCUUUCCUUACAGAAGAGAGUAGCUUAUUGUAUGUAUGUGUGUGUGUGUAGGCUGUGCAUUUACUCAUGAUAGUUCCUUGCAUGAUGUUGGAUCAGAUAACAAAGCACUUGAAUUCACUGGUGUGGCAUUGGUCAACACCUCCCUCUUUUAAAGUCCAUCUCUGGACUCCAGCUCUCUAGGUCUCCAGCUUUUCACUUGAUGUCUGUCCUCUGUUACAUAAUGAGAGAUCUAGCCCGAUGAUGCUGUAGGGGCAAGAUAGCCACCUCUCAGGUGACCACUUUUGUGGAUGAAUUACAUGUUUCUAGUGCUGCCUCACUACAACAAGGUAGUGACCAGCUUGCUAGUGUGAAGUGACCCCUUGAAACCCCAACUUGAAAGCCUAUUGAUUGAUCUUGAACAAGGGGAAUUUACCCGUUGUACUUCACCCUUAGUUUAAAAAAACUUGUUUUUAAGAGUAUGAAAAACGUCUAAGAGUCAUUAUUCAUCAGAAGAACUGUUGGAGAUGCCAGCUUCAUUGGAUGUGAUUGUAUUGUUUGAUGCCUGCUGGUAUCUGCCCAUAUGAGUAUGAGAGUGCAUCCUUAUGGAGCACAGGUUUAUGCUAAAGCAAAGUUUUCUACAGGCCUCUCGGGACCAAGUGCCCUCUAUUGUUCAAUGCCUCAAGCAGUUGGGCUUAUUGCUCUGCACCCACCACCCACCUCUUUACCUGUUGCAGACAAAUGUCUUAGGACAGUGAUACUCUGCUGAAGAUUUAAAGCAUUGAGUAUCUCCCUGUCCUUUGCUGUCCUUCUGAGAGGAAUUCUGAGGGUCUUGAAAAUAUAACAUUGGUAAUCUGCCACGGUACAGCUUGGGAUGAGUUAAUUCUCUCUCUCCCAUUCCAGUUUGGUAUUCAUUUUUUAAUCUAUAAAAAUCCCAUAUUCAGAAGCAGUUUCCACAAGCAACACUAGGGAAGAGUGCAUUUCCAGUAGUUGCGGCAGGUGUUUUCUGCCACUUGGACAGUUUAGCUCUUAGUCUUUAAACUCACUGAUGAAAAAUUCUUAUAUUCAGUGCAUAAAACAAAGCCUUGCAAGAUUUUUUGUCAUCAACAAGUAAUCUGUUAAAACCAGCACACAUGUAUAAAUGAUAUCUGAGAAAACAGUUAAGCACUGCAAAGGGUGGUCUUGUAGUCCAUUUGAUAUGAUGAGUACACGUGUUUUAUAACAUUGAUUACUGGUUAUUUCUUAAAGUAAAUUGAUUUGCUCUGGUCAGUGCAUCCAGAAUGUUUGACAGCUCUUUAAGACUAAUUUGAAUCUGCACUUAAAGCAUUUUAGAUUAGAUUUAGUUUCAAAUGUUGAUGAAAUUCUGCAAUGUCAGAAGACGUUUUUAAAAUGUGCUGUUCCAAUUUGAAACAUAUUUGCACAAGUAGCCAUUGUUUCUCAGUGUUAACAUCACAGAACGUCAGAGUUUAAGCAUGUGUGAGUAUUAGUGUGGGAUUUUCAAAAUGAGUGCAUAUUCUGAUAAUAAACAUGUUUUUGAAAUAGAAUUAAGGGAGUAAAGCAAGGAAGAAAGUUUUGUUAUUCUUUAAAGCACCAAAUAGUUUUUUAAGCAGUUAUUUGUUAUGUGACAGUAACUUGUAUAAUAUGGUGUGAAUCUUAAGUAAUUUAGUUACAUUUCAUGUCUGUUAGUACUCUAUUUAAGUAAGAUGUAAAAUAUUGUAAAUGAAAGCAUGUUAUUGCCUUGAGAACAUGUAAAUGAAUUACUCCACAGAUUGCUUUGUGCUUGAAUAUCUUGGAAAAAAGUUUGUUUUAACACUGGUGUUUAUAUAUUAUGUAUGUGUAUAUUGGCAGCUGUAGAAUGUUUGCAUAACAUUCUUGCUUUUAUAUGAUACAGAUUAUUCUCUGUAGAAGUCAUUUUAACAUGUCGAUCCAAACAGUUUGUUCAGUUUGAAUAAAUUAUGCAAUAAAUUUAGGAUUUCUCGAUGAAAACUUUAAAACUGUUUUUAAUCUUGCUGUUUUAGAUGGGAAGUUGACAGGGAAUAUGUACACUUUAAUGACCUUAAAAAAAAGUAAAAUGUCCACUAUGUAAGAGUAUCUAUUUUGUUAAAUAUAAAUGUUUUUAAAGACUUGGUUGUUUUUUAAACUAUUCACUACCAUAGUUGCUGGUACUGUAAUAGGCAUAUUGUAAUUCUCAUUAAUUACCCAAAUACCUGCCUUAUCUUUGUGCUUAAAUAAAUGUCAUAAUUUCCCUAAUUAUGUUUAUUGAUCAGAUUUCUUUAUAUAUUGUAUAUCGUUAAAACUUCUUUGAAGUUGUCUGUGCCACUUUACUCUCGAGUACCUACAAGAGUUUUGUUUAGACACAUCAGACUCUUUCUUGGUUCUGUAUUGCUUCAUGAAAUUUAUUUUAAAUAAAAUUAUUUUAAUUUUGGUA